ACAUUCCAUCUACUUGCAUCAUUAUUUUGGGUGCAGGAGAAUAUGAAGAAGCGUGAUCUGUUCUAUUUGAUGCUGCAGCAAAAGAUAGUGAUUAAGGUGUCAAUGCACUGUGACACUUGCCGCACAAAGGCCAUGAAGAUAGCUGCAGUAGCAGACGAUAGGUUUACUGAUCAUGAUCUCUCAUUAAGCGUGACAUCAAUGGCAUUCCAUGGGGAAGACAGAGAUAGCCUGUUGAUAGAGAGAGAUGGAGUUGAUGCAGCCUGCUUGACUAUUUCCUUGAGAAAGAAAUUUUUCCAUGCAACCCUGGCAACAGUUGAGGAAAUCAAACCCAAAGAAGAGAACAAGGAUGGAGACGAAAACAUGAGGACCUCUACAGAGAUGAGGGAUGAGCCACAAGGAAUCUUGACCACAUUCACUAGCAUUGAUCUCUCAAAUAACAAGUUUGGAGGAGAAAUUCCAGAGCUUAUUGGAAAGCUUAGUUAUCUCAAAGGGCAUAAUCUUUCUCAUAACAACCGUACUGGUCCUAUCUCACCAUCACUAGGGUAUUUGAAAAAUCUUGAAUGGUUGGAUCUCUCUUCCAACGCGCUAGUAGGGAAAAUUCCAGAUGAAUGGGUAUCUUUGACACAACUUUCUUUAUUGAAUCUUUCAAAUAAUCAUCUUGUUGGAUGCAUACCAGAAGGCAAUCACUUCAGCACUUUUGGAAAUGAUUCUUAUGAAGGAAACCUUGGACUGUGUGGAAUUCCAUUAUCAAAAUCUUGUGAUGGAAUUGGGACUCCGCAGAGCUCCUUCCAAGACAAAGAUGAAUUGUGUAGAUUUGGCCGGAGAGUCGUGGUGCUAUGCUAUGGAUAUGGAAUUGUUUUUGGACUGCUGAUGGGAUAUCAUGUCUUCCGAACAGGAAAACCAAACUGGGCUAUAACUGUAAUUGUAAAGUUGGGAAGGGCAAGUCCUAUGAUUUUAGCUUCAGUCCCUCUGUCUCAUUGGCUCUCAGCAAACAUCUUCGUGGUCAAAUCCAUUUGGAGAGAUGAGGGGACACCAUCGUCAUCACAGACUCAGCUCAAUUUCACCUCUUUAGGGUUCCUCUUCUAUUAUGGAUUCCAACUCCUCCAUUCCAUAUGCAGCAAAUCCAUUAAUACUGGUCUUAUUCUCCCUCAACGUCUGUUUUUAUCUCAUCAUCUAGCAUGCUCAGGUCCAAGAGGAAGAAGAAGGAAUAGGACUGGGAAACGGAAUACAACCUUCGGUCUUUUUUCUUUUUUGAAGUUUUUAACAUCGUCCUUCAGCUGUAACUAUUUUGGGGAGUUAUGGCAGCUGAUUCCGCUGUUAUCAAUCGACCCUCACUUCAUUUCCGGAUCCAAGUGUUCGUGUUGACCAAGAUGAGGUUUUAGGCCUGGAUUUGGAGUCUCUGAAGAUUUUGCUGAGGCGUGGGGUCUUUCUGGGGGCGAUGAUUUGUGGUCUUUCGGUUUUCUGGAGCAAGAGGGUGCUUGCGGUAGAGGGAGCGGUGAAUGCAGGGUACGGGUGAUGGAGCAAUUGGCACUGUUGUUGAGGAAUGCGUGGCCUAAGGUUUCUAGGGUUCUUAAGAUUUUGGAAGACCAAGGUGUGAUUUUGACUGCACUUUUAGGCCUAUCUGCAUUCUUCUCAGUGGCGGAGACUUCUAUAACUACACUGUGGCCAUGUAAGGUUUGCUUUCUCAGUUUGAAGAUUGGUGGUUCUUGCAAUUAGUGAAUAGCAAUUGAAAUCUGAAUUUUUGUAUGGAAAUAUCAAAAGGUUGGAAAAGAUAAAUAUAUGAAGUUAAAGAAC